AUGGCGAGUACGAAGCAUUUGUUGUUGGUGCUGUGUCUUGGAGUCUGUGUGGGAAUGUGCAGAUCAUGGGUUGAGGAUGUUGCUGAAGAGAACCCGGAGUCUUUCUCUCAUUGGGCUCUUAAUGCAGUUUCUCAAGUUUUGGAAUCAGAAAAUGAUGAUGCCACUCAAAACAUGAAGUUAAAAGCUGAAGAUGCGGCUUCAAGGGCCACAGAAACAAUGAAAUCUGUAGCAUCAGGAGCUUCUGAGUAUUCGUCUCAGAAGGCUACAAAUGCCAAAGAAGCAAUUGGAAGUGAUGAUAUCAUCAGAAUGCCAAUCGAUAAAGUGACCGAAGCAAAAGACACGGUGCAAGAUACCUAUGAGAAUGCUAAGCAAAAACUAAGCUCAGCUUCAGAUAAGGCUUCAAAUAUAGCUCAUGAUGUUUAUAAUGUCAAAAACGAUAUAAGAGGUGAAAUGGAUUGUGGUGGAAACGAUAACAAUGCUUUUGGUGUCUACGAUGAAGCAAAAGAUGAAGUGAGCAAAGCAUACAUAUCUGCAAAGAAUUCCAUGGGUGAAGAGGCCAAAGCUAAGUACGAGGCUGCAAAAGAAAAGGCUUCCGAAGCCACAGGGAAUCUUGGAGCUAAGAUGAGAAAUACCCCAUUACUGUAA